AUGCUGCCACAUACGCUCGUCUACUAUAUCCUGUCCCUCACCACCGUAGCCUACGCGCACCCACCGCCAGCCUCAUACCACCCCGACACACGACACAGAGCAGAUGUGCAAAAUUCCAUCCCAGGAUCACAUGCCGACCCACACUCAUCAUCACUGCAACCACCACGGCAGAUCCGCACCCCAACCCGCUACGAAUCAACUCUGCUAGCCCGCCGUCUGCUCGCGCUUUCCUCGACGGGCUAUCUCUCCACCAGCUUUCCCUCCGCACAGAACCUCAGCGCCGACCCUGCGUAUCGGUGGACUCCGAGCGAGGUCGCGGGUGCGGCGAUUGGGUUGCCGGAAUAUUUCGCUGCCUGCAAUGGGGGAAGCGAGAGUGAAGAAGAUGGUGGAGAUCCAGUGAUGAUCCGCCUGAGGAUAAGCACGACGGGGAAGAAUUCGCGGAAUGGUGGGAAUGUUAGUUUGGGCGUUGAUUGGUGGAGUCAGGAGCAUCUGCGAGAGCGGCGGGGGAGUCAAAGCUUCGAUGCGAUGGGCUGGAUUGACAGAAGUCCGUCAAGUCUGCCUCGGAUGGCUCUACUAGGGUACCUGGAAGUGCUGGAUGAUGAGGAGGUGGAGAAGCAGAAGGUCGUGCAGUGUUUCGAGAGGAGGCAUGCGGAUGCGAAGCACUGGCGGCCUGGCAGUGAGAGGGGGGCGCACACGGGGGAGUGGGUUAGACUGAGGGUCAAGGCGGUGUAUUGGGUUGGAGGUUUUGGUGGGAGGGCGUGGAUCGGGUGGUUGGACGUUGAGGGGGAGUGGGAUCGGGUGAAGAGGGAGGGGUGGGAGAACGUGAGGCUGCCAGGGGAGGAAGGAUGGGAGAAGAUGCCUUGGUUCGAGGGCGGGCAGGAAGCAUGGAUGGAGACUGUUGGGGUGGAGGCCUCCAUGGGGCAGGAUGUAGAUAUGAUGCGGUACGAGUCAUGA